CUCGCUCCAUAGCAACGAGCUGGCUGUUCUCCCCGGCUGAGUUAGGGCUAGGCAUGCCACACUUGAUAUUGUUAGCGGCUAUUUCUGGCCUGAGCAUCGUGACCGUACAUUUUACUCGGAAUUAGUAGUACUUCAAUUAUCAUCUGUGAUCCCCGACAAUUUGCCACUUCGAUAACUUGAAUAUUCCCGUUCUUGCUAACCUGAUUUCCCUCAACUUCUCCUUCCAGGUCUGUUGUGUGUUUGUCGAGUUGUCAAUCAGAUCGAUUCAACCAUUGUUUGUGUAGUGUGCUCAACCUUUGAAAUCUAUUUUUAUUCUGGAAAAACUAUUCAACUAUCCUAUCACGCAGAACUUCCGAUCCCAUCUCCUCAUCCUCGUCUAACUUGGCUUGAUUCAAAAAUAUCAUCUUCAUAUUUUAUACUGGUUGAUCAGGAAAAAAGUUCCCUGAAGAUCUGAUUCUCUUAGUAGAUAAUAUUAUAUCCAAUUCAUCCAAUAGCUUUGAAUCUUCACUUUGAAUAAUAUUUAAAUUUCGAAAUGUUUGAAAUAUUUUCCCCAAAAGUUUUAUAAUCAGCCAUCAAAAUUCUCGUCUUCGUAACUACCAUUUUCUUCUACUCCUACCCUUAUUUUUGUAAAAUUUUUCUCCGCAUUAAUUUCCUACUCGUUAUCACUGGAAGCCUUGUAAGUUAGUUUUUCCCUUUGAAUCCUCCCUCUUAUAAUCUAUGACAUAUUUUGCUGACUCUCCAACUAAUCAGAAAUAUAGUUUGUUAUAUCACUUCCCUCAAUAACUAUUAUAUCUAUAUAAGAUCAAAUUAUCCUUGGAAUUACUAUCCAGUUCAGCAUAGGACAACCUAUACGUCGAUUUUUCUCUCAGAUAAGAGUAUUCUGCCCAACAAAACAGUUCAGGUUAGAUCAAUUUCCCUUGAAAAUUCUGGGGUGAAGUCGUUCAAAGUUCUGAAGGACUGUCUGUUGUAGACAUAAUUAUCACACUGGAUCUUUACAUAUCCAGUUAGCCCCACUGAAAUCAAAAUUUCCUCUCUCUUCUACCUUCGAAACCAUCCACUCUGCUUUCUCUAAGCGUUGAACCUUCCUUGAAUUUAACCCAUAUUUUUCCCCAAAUUUAUCACCCUCACACGACUUCCUUGAGUGGCUCCCUCGGUUCUUCCUCAUCCGUUAUGGGGGUUUUCGUCAAUGGCAUCGUUAUUGAACGCGUUUCAAUAAAAGCAACAGUCGACGAGCCAACAUUUCUGAACGAGUCUUGAAGCAACAACUCUUCCAUUUCUCCGCUCAUCAAGAUAACUACGGGAUGGAGCGUCUGAUCAGCAGAUUCACUUAGGAUCUCUUCGAUCAGCAGCAAUAAUGUUCUUACUCUUCAACGACAAAGACAGUAAGACCUUGAUAGCCCUCAUCAAAUUCAAGACGCUCACAAAGAACAAGCUUAAAAAGCUCUUUGCAGUCGGCAAAAAUCGAACGAACAAGAAAAACUACUACCCCGACUACGAAGAAAAGUACAGUGUGGAACGUGGUGAUGAUAUACAGACACUAGUGAGUUUCUGAUAGGAAUAUUGAAUGUUUGAACAAUCACUACAUUCACUAUCAAUUCAUAAAUGUAUCUUACAUGAGACAUUUUCUGAAUCAAAAAACACUAAUUUCUCCCCUUUAAAAAACUGAAACAAACCUAAUCAACUACAAUUAAAUAAGUGUUAAACUCUAAAUUUUUCAAAAUCAUUCGAAAUUCAGAGAAAAUACUCAAAGUUGACCCUUGAUACAUCAAGCCAAAGCAAAGCAUGUUGGUUUUCGAUUGUUAAGGUAUUAGAUAGAAAAAGUAAAAUAAAUUGACAAAGUCUGAAUUCUGAAUUAGCUUUAAUCUGAAAGUGACUUAUUUUCAAGUUCCUCCAAAACAUUCAGGACACAAACAAACAUCCGCCAUUCUGUGAACACCGCCAUUUCGAGUUUGAAGGAUUUUGUGAACACUGCCUCCGAGAUAACGUACGGGAGGAAGAACUACACAGUAUUGUUGUGUGAAACCUCAGAAAGCAAUCACAAAAUAAUCAUCCAAUCUAAUCACAAUCUCACAUAAAAAUUUUGCCUGAAUCUAACUCUUUUCACAAGAAAUGCAUUUUUGGUGUGAAAAGCUUAGCCAGUUUCUGACCACAAUCAAUAACAAGAUAUCAAAACUACUCACAUCUCAAUGUUUGGACGCAGAACCUCACCUUACCCAUAGUGUUAAGGUUCUUUGUAUCUAUAACAAUACCUUCCUAUGACAUUGUCUCACAUUGUUUCUAACCCAACGAUUGACAUUGUGUCUAACCUAACAAGUGAUUGUGUACCUAGCCUAACGUGUGACAUUGUAUCUAACCUAACGUUUGACAUUGUAUGUAACCUAACGUGUGAUGGUGUACCUAACCUAACGUGUGAUUGUGUAUCCAACCUAACGUUUGACGUUUGAACCAACGUGUGAUGGAGUACCUAACCUAACGUGUGACAUUGUACCUAACCCAACGUGUGAAGGUGUACCUAACCUGUGACAGUGCACGAGAAUUCUCUCCCAACUGUUUUCUGACCUAGUGACCCAUUAUUUCCCAAUUCACGAUGCGUCUCUCCGACCUGCGUUUCAUUGCGACGAAUUACAACUUGCUGAAGAUCUUCCUGCUACUCGUAUUCAUCUGUACGUACUUUGUGGACUGUAAUCCAGAUGCGAAACGGCUGUACGAUGACUUGCUGAGUAACUACAAUCGCCUGAUCAGACCAGUCAGCAACAACACAGACACAGUCCUCGUCAAGCUGGGACUACGACUGUCUCAGCUUAUAGAUCUGAACUUGAAAGAUCAGAUCUUAACAACAAACGUCUGGCUGGAACAUGAAUGGCAGGAUCACAAAUUCCGUUGGGACCCUGCGGAGUAUGGGGGAGUGACGGAGCUGUAUGUUCCCUCAGAACACAUAUGGCUACCUGACAUAGUGCUCUACAAUAAUGCGGAUGGUGAGUAUGUAGUAACCACAAUGACGAAGGCCGUCCUGCAUCAUACCGGCAAAGUGCUCUGGACUCCGCCCGCCAUUUUCAAAUCCAGUUGUGAGAUAGAUGUUAGGUACUUUCCCUUCGACCAGCAGACCUGCUUCAUGAAGUUCGGAUCCUGGAGCUAUGAUGGUGAUCAGAUCGAUUUGAAGCACAUCAAUCAGAAACUGGGAGAGGACAAGGUUGAGGUAGGCAUCGAUCUGCGGGAAUAUUACCCGAGUGUGGAAUGGGACAUCCUUGGAGUGCCGGCAGAAAGACACGAAAAGUAUUACCCUUGCUGUGCUGAGCCUUAUCCUGAUAUCUUCUUCAACAUCACACUCCGUCGCAAGACACUGUUCUACACGGUGAACCUGAUAGUGCCCUGUGUGGGCAUCUCCUAUUUGUCAGUGUUGGUGUUCUAUCUGCCGGCCGACUCGGGGGAGAAGAUCGCCCUCUGCAUCACCAUCCUCCUCUCGCAGACCAUGUUCUUCCUGCUCAUCUCCGAGAUCAUCCCCUCCACUUCCCUGGCACUACCCCUGCUUGGCAAAUAUUUGCUGUUCACCAUGUUAUUAGUUGGACUGUGUGUGGUCAUCACAAUUAUGGUGCUCAAUGUGCAUUAUCGCAAACCCAGUACGCACAAAAUGGCCAAUUGGGUGCGCAAGAUAUUCAUCAGACGUCUGCCAAAACUGCUGCUGAUGCGCGUUCCAGAACAGCUGUUGGCUGACCUUGGCGGAGAUCGCAAAGGCAGAUCAGCUGAUUCCAAGCUGAGGUCACCGUUGGCAGCCAUGUUACCUCCUUCCUCACCCCACUCCAACAACUCGUCACCAGACUCCCUGAGACACUUUCCACCCCCAAGGCCACCAGGAGGGUGUAAUGGUCUGUACACUUCGAGCUCAUCGGCCACCAAUCGGUUCGGAGGCCUCAUGGCUGGCUACAACGGCCUUCCCUCCAUGGCAGGCCUUGACGAGAGCAUGAGUGACGUCACCGCCAGGAAGAAGUAUCCCUUCGAACUGGAGAAGGCCAUUCAUAAUGUCAAAUUCAUCCAGCAUCAUAUGCAACGCCAGGAUGAGUUCGAUGCGGAGGACCAAGACUGGGGCUUUGUGGCCAUGGUGCUCGACAGACUGUUUCUGUGGAUCUUCACGAUCGCCUCGAUUAUGGGCACGUUCGCCAUCUUAUGUGAGGCUCCCGCGCUCUAUGACGACACAAAGCCCAUUGACAUGGAGCUGUCUUCGGUCGCCCAGCAGCAGUUCUUGCCUGAUUUCUAGGUGAAUGAAGGAAUCGAGUCUGCUAUUCUGUACAUCCAUGGAGUGAUGCCUUUCCUAACACUACGCCUAAUGCAGUUCCGGUUAUCACUACUUUAAUUUUCUUAUAGACGUCACUUGUUGUGCUAAAGGUUGUUUAUAAUAAUAAGAACAUAAUUAUUAUUGUAAGACAAUGCGUUCUAUCAGCAGUAAAACACUUGAGAAUACCGUGGUUUACACAGGCAAAGCUAAUAUGCUGGCAUGCGACAAACUGUUUCAGUAGAGUGAGUCUGCUGCUGGUCCCCCUGAAAUCUAUCUAUGUGAAUUAUAAUCAAUCAUUCUAAAAUCGGAGAAUUUCAAGACAUCUGGAGUCCAAACAAAA